GCGGGCUGAGGCGGCUCCGGAGGCUGAGGCUUCGCGGAGUCGGAGGCGGCGGGUCGGCUGAGGCGCCGCGGAGCCGGGAGCGGGAGCGCGUGGAGCCGAGGAGCCCGCGGAGCCCGCGGAGCGCGGGGCGGCAGGGAGGCGGCCGAGCGCGCGGGGAGCCGGGCCCGCGGACCCGUGGGCGCGCGGUCCGGCCGGGCCCCACCCGCGUCCGCGCCCCCGGCCCCGACCCCCGCGGCGCCCGGCGGAGGAGCGCGGCCGCGAGGAUGUCGGCGGGCGGCCGCGAGGAGGAGCGGCGGAAGCUGGCCGACAUCAUCCACCACUGGAACGCCAACCGGCUGGACCUGUUCGAGAUCAGCCAGCCCACCGAGGAUUUGGAGUUCCAUGGAGUGAUGAGGUUUUAUUUUCAAGAUAAAGCUGCUGGGAACUUUGCAACGAAAUGUAUCCGGGUCUCCAGCACGGCCACCACGCAGGACGUCGUGGAGACGCUGGCCGAGAAGUUCCGGCCCGACAUGCGCAUGCUGUCCUCCCCCAAGUACUCGCUCUACGAGGUGCACGUCAGCGGAGAAGAAAGAAGAUUGGAUGUGGACGAGAAGCCCCUGGUGGUGCAGCUGAACUGGAAUAAAGAUGACCGCGAGGGCCGGUUCGUCCUGAAGAACGAGAACGACGCCGCUCCUCCCAAGAAGGCUCAGAGCAAUGGACCUGAAAAGCAGGAAAAAGAAGGCGUUAUCCAGAACUUCAAGCGGACUCUCUCGAAGAAAGAAAAGAAGGAGAAAAAGAAGCGAGAAAAAGAGGCGCUGAGACAGGCACCCGACAAAGAGGACGGACCUUUCCGAGGGGAUGACGUUGAGAACUCUCGCCUGGCUGCUGAGGUUUACAAAGACAUGCCCGAAACCAGCUUCACCCGCACCAUCUCGAACCCCGAGGUGGUCAUGAAGCGGCGGCGGCAGCAGAAGCUGGAGAAGAGGAUGCAGGAGUUCCGCAGCUCGGACGGGCGGCCAGACUCAGGUGGAACGCUGAGGAUUUAUGCGGAUAGUUUACGACCAAAUAUCCCCUACAAGACGAUCCUGCUGUCCACCACGGACCCUGCGGGCUUCGCGGUGGCCGAAGCUUUGGAGAAGUACGGCCUGGAGAAGGAAAACCCGAAGGACUACUGCAUCGCCCGGGUUAUGCUCCCUCCCGGAGCCCAGCAUUCUGACGAGAAAGGUGCUAAGGAGGUGGUCCUGGACGAUGACGAGUGUCCCCUGCAGAUCUUCCGGGAGUGGCCCAGCGACCGCGGGGUUUUAGUCUUUCAGUUGAAGAGGAGGCCCCCAGACUAUGUUCCCAGGAAAACCAAGAAGCACCCAGACGGGCGGCCCGCGAAGGGCAAGGAGAGAGCCGACGGGGCGGGCUACGGCUCCGCACUGCCGCCCGAGAAGCUGCCCUACCUCGUGGAGCUGAGCCCAGGGAGAAGGAACCACUUUGCCUACUGCAGCUCUCACGCUCACGAAGAUGGCUCCGACUCCCGAGACAAGCCCAAGCUCUACCGCCUGCAGCUCAGUGUGACGGAGGUCGGGACAGACAAGUUUGACGACAGCUCCAUCCAGUUGUUUGGUUCAGGGAUUCAGCCCCAUCACUGCGACCUCACGAACAUGGACGGAGUGGUCACCGUCACGCCCAGGAGCAUGGACGCGGAGACCUAUGUGGAGGGGCAGCGCAUCUCGGAGACGACCAUGCUGCAGAGCGGGAUGAGUGUGCAGUUCGGAGCCCAGCAUGUGUUCAAGUUCGUGGACCCCAGCCAGGACCACGCCCUGGUGAAGAGGCCCGUGGACGGCCUGCCCGCGAAGGGCCCCAGACACAAACCCGGAAUUGUUCAGGAGACAACUUUUGACUUAGGAGGCGACAUUCACAGUGGAACAGCGUUGCCCACAAGCAAGAGCUCCACUCGACUGGACAGCGACAGGGUGUCGUCUGCCUGCAGCACAGCCGAGCGGGGGAUGGUGAAGCCGAUGGUCCGCCUGGAGCAGCCCGAGUGCCGCUGGCCGGAGAGCAGGACGCAGGAUGCUCCGGGGCCCGAGCUGGUGCUGCCUGCCAGCAUUGAGUUCCGGGAGAGUGCUGAAGACUCGUUUUUAUCUGCUAUUAUAAAUUACACGAACAGCUCCACCGUCCACUUUAAGUUGUCUCCUACAUACGUGCUCUACAUGGCCUGCCGGUACGUAUUGUCGAGCCAGUACAGACCGGAAGCCAGUCCCCCCGAGCGCACCCACAAGGUGAUCGCCAUCGUCAACAAGAUGGUGAGCAUGAUGGACGGCGUGAUCCAGGAAGUAGACCAGGUUGAACAGAAACAGAAGAACAUCGCAGGGGCGCUUGCUUUCUGGAUGGCCAACGCGUCUGAGCUCCUCAACUUCAUCAAGCAGGACCGGGACCUGAGCCGGGUCACGCUGGACGCCCAGGAUGUGCUGGCGCACCUGGUUCAGAUGGCCUUUAAGUUCCUGGUCCACUGUCUGCAGUCAGAACUGAACAACUACAUGCCGGCCUUCCUGGACGACCCCGAGGAGAACAGUCUGCAAAGACCGAAGAUAGACGACGUCCUGCACACGCUCUCGGGGGCGAUGGCGCUGCUGCGGCGCUGCCGGGUCAACGCGGCCCUCACCAUCCAGCUCUUCUCCCAGCUCUUCCACUUCGUCAACAUGUGGCUGUUCAACAGGCUGGUCACCGACCCCGAGUCAGGGCUGUGCUCGCACUACUGGGGCGCCAUCAUCCGCCAGCAGCUGGGCCACGUGGAGGCGUGGGCGGAGAAGCAGGGGCUGGAGCUGGCCGCCGACUGCCACCUCAGCAGAAUCGUGCAGGCCACCACCUUGCUGACGAUGGAUAAGUACGCGCCCGAGGACGUUCCCAACAUAAACAGCACCUGCUUCAAGCUGAACUCACUGCAGCUGCAAGCCUUGCUGCAGAACUACCACUGCGCGCCCGAUGAGCCCUUCAUCCCCACGGACCUGAUAGAGAACGUCGUGGCUGUGGCCGAGAACACGGCCGACGAGCUGGCGCGCAGCGACGGGCGGGAGGUGCAGCUGGAGGAGGACCCCGACCUGCAGCUGCCCUUCCUGCUGCCGGAGGACGGCUACUCCUGCGACGUCGUCAGGAACCUCCCCAGCGGCCUGCAGGAGUUCCUGGACCCCCUGUGCCAGCGGGGCUUCUGCAGGCUGGUCCCUCACGCACGCUCCCCGGGCACCUGGACCAUCCACUUCGAGGGCGCCGACUAUGAAAGCCACCUUCUGCGUGAGAACACGGAACUGGCUCAGCCUCUGCGGAAGGAGCCCGAGAUCAUCACCGUGACCCUGAAGAAGCAGAACGGAAUGGGCCUCAGCAUCGUCGCGGCAAAGGGUGCUGGUCAAGAUAAACUUGGAAUCUAUGUCAAGUCCGUUGUGAAAGGAGGUGCUGCGGAUGUGGACGGGCGGCUGGCCGCGGGAGACCAGCUCCUCAGUGUGGACGGGCGGAGUCUGGUAGGACUCUCUCAGGAAAGGGCAGCAGAGCUCAUGACAAGGACAAGCUCUGUGGUGACACUGGAAGUGGCGAAGCAAGGAGCCAUCUAUCACGGCCUGGCUACCCUGCUCAACCAGCCGUCCCCGAUGAUGCAGAGGCUGUCAGAUCGCCGCGGCUCAGGAAAACCCCGACCCAAGAGUGAAGGCUUCGAGCUCUACAACAAUUCCGCUCCCAACGGCUCGCCCGAGAGCCCCCCGCUGCCCUGGGCGGAGUACAGCGAACCAAGGAAGCUGCCCGGCGACGACCGGCUGCUGAAGAACAGAGCCGACCACCGCUCCAGCCCCAACGUGGCAAACCAGCCUCCGAGUCCUGGAGGGAAAGGCGCCUACGCCCCUGGGACGGCAGCGAAGAUCACGUCCGUCUCCACGGGGAACCUGUGCGCGGAGGAGCAGACGCCCCCGCCGCGGCCCGAGGCCUACCCCAUCCCCACGCAGACAUACACCAGGGAGUACUUCACCUUCCCCGCCUCCAAGGCCCAGGACCGGGCUCCUCCUCCUCCUCCUCACGGCCAGUGGUCCGCGUACGAGGAGGAACCGCACGUGCACGUGGACGGCAGUCACCCCAGCCUUGCGGCGCAGCGUGUGACCCGUUCCCAAGAGGAGCUUCGGGAAGACAAAGCUUAUCACCUGGAGCACCACCGCGUGGAGGCGGCCAUGGACCGCAAGUCCGACAGCGACCUGUGGAUGAACCCGAGCUCCUCGGUGGGCUCCAGCGCGUCCAGCCAGGAGCACCUGGACCACGCGUCCAAGCCGGGCACUCCUGCAUCCACCCUGACCAAAAGUGGCCCCGGGCGCUGGAAGACCCCCGCCACGGGGCAGCCCGCGCCAGCAUCUGUCCCCCAGCCUGGCCGCACCGACCUGCCCCCACCGCCACCUCCGCCUCCCAUGCACUAUGCCAGCGAAUUCGACGGGAUCCCGAUGGACUUGCCUCUCCCACCGCCCCCUGCCAGCCAGCUGGGACCUCAGUCUGCACAGGUGGCCGCCGCGGAGCGGAAGAAGAGGGAGGAGCACCAGCGCUGGUACGAGAAGGAGAAGGCGCGGCUGGAGGAGGAGCGGGAGCGGAAGCGCCGGGAGCAGGAGAGGAAGCUGGGCCAGAUGCGCUCGCAGUCGCUGAACCCUGCUCCCUUCUCUCCUGUGACUGUGCAGCCGAUGAAGCCGGAGAAGCCGGCCACGCUGCAGAGGCCCCAAGAGACGGUCAUUCGGGAGCUGCAGCCCCAGCAGCAGCCCCGCACGAUCGAGCGCAGGGACUUGCAGUACAUCACCGUCAGCAAGGAGGAGCUGUCCUCAGGGGACAGCCUGUCCCCCGACCCCUGGAAGCGCGACGCCAAGGAGAAGCUGGAGAAGCAGCAGCAGCUGCACAUCGUGGACAUGCUGAGCCGGGAGAUCCAGGAGCUGCAGGGCAAGGCCGAGCGCAGCGCCGAGGAGAGCGACCGCCUGCGCAAGCUCCUGCUCGAGUGGCAGUUCCAGAAGCGGUUGCAGGAGUCCAAGGAGAAGGACGAGGACGACGAGGAGGAGGAGGAGGACGUGGACACCAUGCUGCUCACGCAGCGGCUGGAGGCCGAGCGCAGAGCCCGGCAGACUGCUGUGCCCGCAAUCUCUGUUCUAGAUUUGGACGAGGAGCGGCGGCGGCAGCAGCAGCUGGAGGAGAUGCGGCUGCGGGAGGCGGAGGAGCGCGCCCGGCAGGAGGGCCAGCGGCUGCGGCAGGAGGAGGAGCGGGGCCAGCGGGACGCCGAAGAAAAGAGGCGACAGGAAGAAGGGUAUUACAGCCGCCUGGAGGCCGAAAGGCGCCGACUGCACGAUGAGGCGGAUCGCAGGCUGCUGGAGCCCGAGGAGCCGGCCCUGUGCCGGCCUCCGCUGCCGCGGGGCUACGAGCCCACAGCCCUGCCCGCCCCGGCGGGUGCGCCACCCCCCCCACCGCAGCGCACCACCUCCUCCCUGCAGGCGCAGGCCCUGUCCCCCGACUCCCUGUACACCGCCAAGCUGGUUGCCUACACCGAGGAGGAGGAGGAGGAGAGCCCCGCAGGACCAAACUCGUUCACGGGAUCUUCUGGGACACUUGCCGGUGCUCAUGAGGCCUGUCGGGACCCGAGAGAGAAGCUGACUAGAAGCCACGAGGCAGGUGUCCCUGGGGGCGCGGGAGCCCCGGAGAACCUCACCUUCAGGGAGCGCCAGCGCCUCUUCUCCCAGGGCCAGGACGUGUCCAACAAGGUGAAAGCCUCCCGCAAACUCACGGAGCUGGAGAACGAGCUGAACACCAAGUGAAGAGGGCGCCUGCUCCCCACGCCUUCCCCCGGCUCCGAGGCCCCGGCGCGUCCUCUGGGCAGCGGCUGGGGUUCAGGACGCUCAGCCCGGGAACUGCUGUUCACCAGCGAGGCCAUGUGCACACGAAACACUGUGGGCUCCUUAGUGACCUGCUCCCACCGAGACCUUCUGUGGGUCUCUCUCGAGCCGGGGAGGGGGUGCGGGGAAGGGCAGGAGAUGCUGAGGCCGCUCCCCUUCUCCCAGGAGCACCGAGUCCUGUUUCUCUUCCUCUCCGAGAAUAGCUUGAACUACCCCGGGGACGGUGCGCUCUGGAGGGCAGCUGGCUGUAGACUGCCGGUGUGUCUGCCGGGAGAACCGCCUGCGGAGGGGGCGGGUCGCGGUCCAGCCUCCUCCUGCCCCGCCCGCUCCUCAGGUGCAAGCCCUCCCGACCCGCUUACCUAUUUGAUGGGAAAACUUUCUCAACAGAACAUUUUGAGGCUUUAAGCUUAGGAAAUUUUAUUUUUAUAAAGGCCAGAUUAGUUCUAUUAAACCACUGGUGAUUUUGAAGGUGGCAGUUAGUGUUAGGACGUUAACUGUUUCAGAUGCCCGAGGGGAUCUGUGAGGAGCCGCUAGCUCUGUGUUUCGGGGAAAGGAGCAGGUGUCUGGAUGUGAGUUGCGGGGGAGGGGAGCCGAGGGAGCCGCCGCUGCUCAGGGAUUUUCCCUUCGGCCGAGAGGGACGCCACGUGCUGCAGGGAGGCUCUGCCCCCGGCCCCUCGUUACGUCCUGAGAAUGACUGUGUGGCAGUUCAAGCUAUUUCUGUGCACUCUGGUAGGAUUAUUUAAUUUCCAUUGGUUGAAUUAUUAGUUACACUGUGUUUCUUCAGCUGUGACUGGCUGAUGUCGGGGAGACGGACCUCACUUUGAUUUCUCUUGUGUGAUGUUAAAUGGUAAAUUACUUGUGAUUUGAGCAAAUUUCCUCUGGACAACCCCUGAGGUGGGGUCGGGAGGCUUUUCUGUACCAGGUUGCUCUCAGAAAUGUGUCUGUUAGAAACCGCACCCUUCGCAUAGAGGGGGAGGGGCUUCCGGCCUGGGAACCACGGGGGUGAGAGCUGUAGGAUCAGCGUCCUCGCGGCCAGGGCUCUGGCUGGAGGUGUGUGAGGUCCGCGGAGGGGCCUGCGUGGCUAUGAAGGAUCGCACGGCGCUGGCGGCUGGAGAGCAGGCUCCUCCCAGGCACCGAGAGACACUGCAGCCUCACGGGGCGAAGCCCACUUUGCCCUGAGAUGCUGCGGACCAACUGCUGUUCUGUUCCCGUGGAAAGGCCGCGCCCACCACACGUGAACGACAUGCGGACACUGCACAGGCGGCGGCUCUGCCUCCAGGGUCGGCCUUCCAUGACUGCACUACUGCGGCCCAUCAACUGCUGUAGCUUCCCUUCUGCUGUACCCAGCCCAGCCUGUUUUUAAUAAACUUUGUACGUAUUUAAGUGCA